GCCCCGCGCAGCCCGCGCCGCCCGCUCGCCGCCUCCAGCCCGGCCCGGGACGCCGCGGCGGUGGGCUCGGCCCGCUGAGGACAAGGUCAGGAGACGGAGAGGCGAUGCUCGCGUGCGACUGGAGGGAGCCGAGUGGAGGCGAUCGCGGUUGGGAUCUGUGCCUCCUGACCGGGGAGCCGGACCGGGGCAGCCGCCGGUGAAGAGGAGCAGAAGCAGCGGCACCGAGGGGCACGGUUUUCUCCCGCCGGAUUUCCGCUCAGGAGCAUCCCUGUCCGCGCCCGCAGGCACAGCCCAGGCGGGCAGGGGCGCUGGGCAAGAUGGAGCCGGGGGGCCCGGCCCACACUGGCCCCCAGCAGCCGCCGGCCCCGGGGCUCUGUAGGGCUCGGCCGGCGGGCGGCGGCGGGGGCGCCUCCUCCUGGCUGCUGGAUGGGAACAACUGGCUCCUCUGCUAUGGCUUCCUCUACCUGGCGCUCUACGCGCAGGUGUCCCAGUCCAAGCCGUGCGAGAGGACCGGCUCCUGUUUCUCCGGCCGCUGUAUCAACUCCACCUGCUUCUGCGACCCGGGCUGGGUGGGGGACCAGUGCCAACACUGCCAGGGCAGGUUCAAGUUAACAGAACCUUCUGGAUAUUUAACAGAUGGUCCAAUUAACUAUAAGUAUAAAACUAAAUGUACAUGGCUAAUUGAAGGCUAUCCAAACGCAGUGUUAAGAUUAAGAUUCAAUCAUUUUGCUACAGAAUGUAGUUGGGAUCAUAUGUAUGUUUACGAUGGAGACUCAAUAUAUGCACCUUUAAUAGCUGUACUUAGUGGUUUGAUAGUUCCUGAAAUAAGAGGAAAUGAAACUGUGCCUGAAGUCGUUACGACAUCUGGCUACGCACUCUUACAUUUUUUUAGUGAUGCUGCAUAUAAUCUAACUGGUUUCAACAUUUUUUAUUCAAUCAAUUCUUGUCCUAACAAUUGCUCUGGUCAUGGGAAGUGUACAACUAGUAGCUCUGUUCCAAGUCAAGUAUAUUGUGAAUGUGAUAAAUACUGGAAGGGUGAAGCUUGUGAUAUUCCUUACUGCAAAGCCAACUGCGGCAGUCCAGAUCACGGUUACUGUGACCUAACAGGAGAAAAAUUGUGUGUCUGCAAUGAUAGUUGGCAAGGUCCGGAUUGUUCUUUGAAUGUUCCUUCCACUGAGUCUUACUGGAUUCUGCCAAAUGUUAAACCCUUCAGCCCUUCUGUAGGUCGGGCUUCCCAUAAAGCAGUUUUACAUGGAAAAUUUAUGUGGGUGAUUGGUGGAUAUACUUUUAACUACAGUUCUUUUCAAAUGGUCCUGAAUUACAAUUUAGAAAACAGUAUAUGGAAUGUAGGAACUCUGUCACGGGGACCUCUCCAGAGAUAUGGACACUCUCUUGCUUUAUAUCAGGAAAACAUCUUUAUGUAUGGAGGCAGAAUUGAAACACAUGAUGGCAAUGUUACAGAUGAAUUAUGGGUUUUUAACAUACAUAGUCAGUCAUGGAGCACAAAAACUCCUACAGUACUUGGCCAUGGUCAGCAGUACGCUGUGGAAGGGCAUUCAGCACAUAUUAUGGAGUUGGAUAGUAGAGAUGUUGUCAUGAUCAUAAUAUUUGGAUAUUCUGCAAUAUAUGGUUACACAAGCAGCAUACAGGAAUACCAUAUUUCAUCAAACACUUGGCUUGUUCCAGAAACUAAAGGAGCUAUUGUCCAAGGUGGAUAUGGUCAUACCAGUGUGUAUGAUGAAAUAACAAAGUCCAUUUAUGUUCAUGGAGGCUAUAAAGCACUGCCAGGCAACAAAUAUGGAUUGGUUGAUGAUCUUUAUAAGUACGAAGUUAACACUAAGACUUGGACUAUUUUGAAAGAAAGUGGGUUUGCCAGAUACCUUCAUUCAGCUGUUCUUAUCAAUGGAGCUAUGCUUAUUUUUGGAGGAAAUACCCAUAAUGACACUUCCUUGAGUAACGGUGCAAAAUGUUUUUCUGCCGAUUUCCUGGCAUAUGACAUAGCUUGUGAUGAAUGGAAAAUAUUACCAAAACCAAAUCUUCAUAGAGAUGUCAACAGAUUUGGCCACUCUGCAGUUGUCAUUAAUGGGUCCAUGUAUAUAUUUGGAGGAUUUUCUAGUGUACUCCUUAAUGAUAUCCUUGUAUACAAGCCUCCAAAUUGCAAGGCUUUCAGAAAUGAAGAAGUUUGUAAAAAUGCUGGUCCAGGAAUAAAAUGUAUUUGGAAUAAAAAUUACUGUGAAUCUUGGGAAUCUGGGAAUAUGAAUAAUAUUCUUAGAGCAAAGUGCCCACCUAAAACAGCUGCUUCUGAUGACAGAUGUUACAGAUACGCAGAUUGUGCCAGCUGUACUGCCAAUACAAAUGGGUGCCAAUGGUGUGAUGACAAGAAAUGCAUUUCAGCAAAUAGUAACUGCAGUAUGUCUGUAAAAAACUACACCAAAUGUCAUGUGAGAAAUGAGCAGAUUUGUAACAAACUUACCAGCUGUAAAAGCUGUUCACUAAACUUGAAUUGCCAGUGGGAUCAGCGACAACAAGAAUGCCAGGCUUUACCAGCUCAUCUUUGUGGAGAAGGAUGGAAUCAUAUUGGGGAUGCUUGUCUUAGAAUCAAUUCCAGUAGAGAAAGCUAUGACAAUGCAAAACUUUAUUGCUAUAAUCUUAGUGGAAAUCUUGCUUCAUUAACAACCUCAAAAGAAGUAGAAUUUGUUCUGGAUGAAAUACAGAAGUAUACGCAACAGAAAGUAUCACCUUGGGUAGGCUUGCGCAAGAUCAAUAUAUCCUACUGGGGAUGGGAAGACAUGUCUCCAUUUACAAACACAACACUUCAGUGGCUUCCUGGUGAACCAAAUGAUUCUGGGUUCUGUGCAUAUCUAGAAAGGGCUGCAGUGGCAGGCUUAAAAGCUAAUCCUUGUACAUCUAUGGCAGAUGGCCUUGUCUGUGAAAAACCUGUUGUCAGUCCAAAUCAAAACGCAAGGCCAUGCAAAAAGCCAUGCUCUCUAAGGACGUCGUGUUCCAACUGUACAAGCAACGGCAUGGAGUGUAUGUGGUGCAGCAGCACGAAACGCUGCGUUGACUCUAAUGCGUAUAUAAUUUCUUUUCCAUACGGACAGUGUCUGGAAUGGCAAACUGCGACCUGCUCCCCUCAAAAUUGUUCUGGAUUGAGAACCUGUGGACAAUGUUUGGAACAGCCUGGAUGUGGAUGGUGCAAUGAUCCUAGUAAUACAGGAAGAGGGCACUGCAUUGAGGGAUCUUCACGGGGGCCAAUGAAGCUUGUUGGAAUGCACAGUAAUGAGAUGGUUCUUGACCCCGGUCUUUGUCCUAAAGAAAAGAACUAUGAGUGGUCCUUUAUCCAGUGUCCAGCUUGCCAGUGUAAUGGACAUAGCACUUGCAUCAAUAAUAAUGUGUGCGAACAGUGUAAAAAUCUUACCACAGGAAAGCAGUGUCAAGACUGCAUGCCAGGAUAUUAUGGAGAUCCAACCAAUGGAGGACAGUGUACAGCUUGUACAUGCAGUGGACAUGCAAAUAUUUGCCAUAUGCACACAGGAAAAUGUUUCUGCACAACUAAAGGAAUAAAAGGUGAUCAAUGCCAAUUAUGUGAUUCUGAAAAUCGCUAUGUUGGUAAUCCACUUAGAGGAACAUGUUAUUACAGUCUUUUGAUUGACUAUCAGUUCACCUUCAGCUUAUUACAGGAGGACGAUCGCCACUAUACUGCCAUUAACUUCAUAGCAAACCCAGAACAGUCAAACAAAAAUUUGGAUAUUUCAAUUAAUGCAUCAAACAACUUUAAUCUCAACAUUACAUGGUCAGUCGGUUCAACAGCUGGAACAAUAUCUGGGGAGGAGACCCCUAUAGUUUCCAAGACUAAUAUAAAGGAAUACAGAGAUAGUUUUUCCUAUGAAAAAUUUAACUUUAGAAGCAAUCCUAACAUUACAUUCUAUGUGUACGUCAGCAACUUUUCCUGGCCUAUUAAAAUACAGAUUGCAUUCUCACAACACAAUACAAUCAUGGAUCUUGUGCAGUUCUUUGUCACCUUUUUCAGUUGUUUUUUGUCCUUAUUAUUGGUGGCUGCUGUGGUAUGGAAGAUCAAACAAACAUGCUGGGCUUCUCGACGGAGAGAGCAACUGCUUCGAGAACGACAGCAGAUGGCCAGCCGUCCCUUUGCUUCCGUUGACGUAGCACUGGAAGUAGGAGCCGAACAAGCAGACUUUCUGCGAGGGCCAUUAGAGGGGGCGCCCAAACCAAUAGCCAUUGAGCCAUGUGCUGGAAGCAGAGCUGCUGUUCUGACUGUGUUCCUGUGUCUGCCACGUGGGUCGUCAGGUGCCCCGCCCCCUGGACAGUCAGGCCUUGCAAUUGCCAGUGCUCUAAUAGAUAUUUCACAACAGAAGCCUUCAGAUAGUAAAGACAAGAAUUCAGGAGUCCGAAAUCGAAAACACCACCUCUCCACACGUCAAGGAACUUGUGUCUGAGAAGCAGGGACUACUCCUGGAUAUUCUGGACUGUUUGACUUUGCACAUGGCUUCCAUUAAGGCUGGUCUAUGGCCUCAAUUGUUAUGGAGGCAAAAAUGUAUGGUCCCAGGACCCAAGUACAGUUCCCUCCAAAUGGGCAAUGACCCAAGUGGCCAAAGAAUGUUUAUGAGUUUUAUAAAAGUAACAGUGUUGAAGGUCACAGGUGAUAAAGUCAGUUUUUACGUCUCUCUUAGGAUUAUCCUAGAUAACAUUACAUUACUCUGGAAAAGAUGUAUAUUGUUUCUUAAUGCAGAUGAAAAAUAAUGUAAUUGGUAUAAACCAAACUGUUUAUAUCCCAAGACUUUAAAGAAAGACAUUUUAUAAUCUGAAUGAUGAGAAUUGUACAGUUUUUGCCUCAUAAGCAAACUUAAAUCACUUGUAUAUGAACAGGAAAUGAACAAAUCACAAUGGCUUUAAAUGCUGUUUUAGCUCACUGUAAAUGUAAAUGAAAGAUUUUGAUUUAGUAGGAUGUAGGCAAUGUAUUUAAAUAUUUCACAUGACCGCAUCACGUCCAAAUGCAGUUUGAGAAUGUGACUAUUUUCCACCUAACUGGAAUGCAGACCCAAAUGAGUCCAUUUGGGUGGAUGGUAUGUUCAAGUUCACGGGCGGUUUAUUAGAAUUCCAAGUGAAGAAGACCUUCCUAUCAUCCAUGCCAACUGCCUAACGUAUUAUCAGAGCUGAUGGAGCAUGGAAAAGCCUGUCCAGCAAUCAAUUUUCCCCCUCCUUCCCAACACAGCCUCCAAUACCACACACCUGAAGAGGCUGCAAUGGUGAUUUUUACAGUGUAUGAGCUUCUGCUCUAGUAUGGUCAUUUUUUUAAUUGCCUAAGAAUCACUGGAUCAGACCUAAGGGAUGCAUCUGCAUUUUUAUAAGAAUAGGUCAUCUUCUUUUGGCCUUCUUCUUCUAGCAGCUAGGUUCUAUCUACCUUUACAAAUGUUAGGAAAACUUUUUUAGAGGCAACACCUCCCAAGUUACAACAUGACUGAGGCCCCUUCCUGUCCAUUCUUACACUGAGAACACAAGGAGGGAAAAGCAUUUGCUGGCAAGCAUCUCCAGAAAUCUUAUUUCCAACACGAGAGCGUUGGUGUCAUCAGAGAAAGUCUGCAGUUUAAAAACUAAAGUUCAUUCUUGCCUGCAUUCAGUCUAUUCGUAAUGACUCAAAACUGAAUUAUGGCAGAAAGGGAAAAUGAUAUAAAACAGCUUGGAACAUAGGAUCAUUUGUGUCCUAAUUUUGACGACAGUUCACGAUGAACAGAUCUUGUUGGGAACUGUAGUUUCUUAACUUCAUGGUGACUGCAAGAUAUGUGUAGAAAACACUGACAGAGGCAUCCAAAGCUGCUUUAUACGAUACAGUGUUGUUCAAUAGGAAAGUCACUUAAAUACAAUUGAUGUUUAGUACUGCCUAUGUACUUUUCACAUUCUUCGGAUUUCUGGAAGGUAAGGACACUUCACUGUUUACAGCUAAUGCAUAGUUACUUGCAUGCGAUUGUGCUGUAGUGGAACACGACCCUAUUGUGAUAUGAAAUGUUUAUUUCAUAAUGCCAUUUAUACAUAGCUUAAUUUGAUGAGGAUCGAAUGUAAUAUAUAUCCGGAAUGAUCAUACAAUAUGUAGUUGCCUUGUAUAUAAGAUUGCUAGGUUGCGUCUAACCAUGACAAUAUCAUUGUUUUAACAGUUAAGACAUUUAUGAAGUAUAGUAUAUAUUCCUUACGUUGGCAUGAUAAUUUUGCUAUUUUCCAUGCAUUAAAAGUAAGACUAAUUCUUAGAGGAAUUUUAUCUAUAGACUGUGGGGGUUUUGGGGGGACGUGGGGGGAGUGGAGCUUGUUGUUUUUACCUCCCUAUGGUAUUUUAUCUCUCAAAAAGUGAGCAAAGUUUGUAAAUGUCUCCUAAAAACAAUCAGGCAAUUUUAUUAGCUUCUUUUUGGACUCCUUUAAAUGUUAAUUUGCUUUUCCUGGAGAAAUAAAUUGACAAAACUGGUGAUUACAAAAAUAUAACCAUUUAAAAAUAAAAUGAUUGCCCACUUUGUUUAUGAUUGUCAUGAGAGAAAGCUUAGAUAAUGAAAACACAAAAACAUAUGUAUUUACAAACAAGAGUUGUAUGUAAAAUCUAUUUCAGCUCUAUUUUUAGAGAGUCAACCCAAAUAGUAUUACUGUGAAAGAAUUAUCUAGCUUCAUCCACCUGGAAUCCCAUCAGGUUAUUCAAACUUGAAAAUUUGAAUUUUAGAGAAUUAUGGGACAUAAUGCAAUGUUAAGUUAAAAUCGUGCUAUACCUUUCUGGGCCAAAUAUUGCUAACUUCAUGACUAAUUAUGCAAUAUCUUCUCAACUUAUCAAAGCUUUUUACUGGCAGUAAAAUCCUUCACCCUCAGGUGAAGUGGAUUGAAAAAGACCUUAGGGAUAAUCACUUUGAAUGUGUUGUGUUCUUUUUUUCCACACCUCGCAACAACUUUCAAUUUAAAUGCUUCCUUUUUUUUUUUCCAACCAGACCCCAAGUAUGCAGAUACUCUCUAAGAAGUUAGCAAGUAAAUGACUGAUUCUCUUGAAAACUUAUUUUAGUGGAAUUCUGUCCAUAUCAGUUUAGAAUGACUGAAAAAUUCCUUAGAUUUUAGGAUGUAUUCUUCUUCCAAGUAUGAAAAGUUUUGGUUAAAUAAAAUGGGGAGUUUUUAAAAUUAACCUGGGGACACUGUUUGGACACACCUAGAGAAUUCUUGUUGAAAGACUGCACAAGCUUACUGAUUGAUUUAAUAAAUAUUAAGAGGAUUGAGAUUUUUCAUAAUUACUUUUAAAUGAAAAUUUAUUUCAGUGAUUAACAUAGAAGGAAAAUGUAUGCCAGUUAUGUUAUGUUCACUAGGAAAACUUCAAAUAAGACAUAUUUCCAUGUGUAAUUGAUACUUGCUGUACUUCCCAAUAUCUCAUUUUGUUUGGGUUCCAGUAAGACAGAGUGAGCACAUGGCUUUUGGGCUGCUGCUGCAGGGUCAUUUAAGUGCAGACUAGAUUGGUGGACAGGCUUGAGAACAGACGUUGGAAUGUUGGGACCAGCUUUGGGCUGUGUGGUGCUGGGCAAGUUUUAACCUCUGAAGCCUUACACUCUACAUCUGGGAGGUAGCCCACUUUGCAGAACUGUUGUGAGUCUAGGAGAAAAUAAAGCCCCCACAGCAGGCCCACAAUGUAGUGCAGCUGGGAUCAACAAUGUGGGGCCACCGGGCCGCUCUUUUUCUACCAAGUGUUUUAUGAAUCCAGCUCUUAAUUUUUCAUCCAUCUUUUCACCAUAGGUGAAAAGAAAUGGUAGCUUUUUGCAAAUGAAGAUCAUGAAAAUCUUCAGUAAGUUCCUGUAUUUCUAGGGUACAGAAACCAACAAACAACAAAAAACUAUUUUGAUAUUGGGGUCAAUAGAGCAUUUGACUCUUUCAAAAUAUAUACCGUUUUAAUAGACUAUUUUUAAAAUUAUUGCUUGAUGAUAUUUAGACAGAAACGUCAAUUGCCACUUUCACAUUCAAAUGAGGCAAGAAGGGAUCAUUUGCCAUUUGCCAUUUUACUAGGGUGAGUGUAGAACUUGAUCCUAAGAACUGCCCAGGUUAGCACAGAUUCCUACCUUUACUUCUAGACAUUAAGCUUCAGAAGGACUGGAUUGGACCCUGGAGAUUAAUAAGCUUUAUAAGCACCUCGGUGAUACUGAUGAUUGGGCAAAUUAGGGAAACACCGCCCUGGGCCAAAGAGCUGUUUUCAUCAACAGAAGAAUUUCUUUAAGUAAUAAAGUUGUCUCUCUAACUCAAAAUGCUUUAAAUAAUUUUCCAAGAAAUACAAUCCAUCUGCUUGGUGUUAUAGCAGUGCUUUCAUUAUAGUGUACAUUUAACAUUUUUGUUUUCUCAAUUUUUUAAAAAUUAAGCAUUAGAACCAUAUCAGUAUAUAUGUAUCCAGGUGUGUGUGCCAACCAGACUUAAAAAGUGAACAUUGUAUGCUAUCGUGUGCUGUUUAUCAGGAGAUUGAUUACUAGAAUGAAAACAUUGGGUCGUCCAAUCCCCACUGCCAAAUGCAGUUUUUUGGUUUUUGGUUUUGGGGGUGUCGUUGUUGUUUUUUAACCCUUCUAAGUCAUAAAAGGAAAAAGCACUCAACAGCUGAAAAGCUCCUCCCCCAUCUAAGGCUUGGUUGUAAAAUUUGUGUUAUUGAAUUCCACAUUCAAAAUAUAUUUUCUCUUUUCCCCUCUCCACUCGAUUUUUGUUGGCUUUUUCUACAUCAUUCUUUGAAUGGUGUGCUGAGCGCUUUGAAUGUUCCUGAGAAUGGAGGCCACGCUCAAAGUCUGAGUGGCCAGGAUUCCAUUUAUCACUAACGGUCUCUGCCCCGGUCGGCUGUGUGUCCUGUGUUUACAUAAAAAAAGAAGACGCUGCAAGUCCUCUUUCUGUGACUGGUACAGCCAUACAUAGCUGAGGAGUUUUCUAGAAAAGUCUGCUGGCCCUUUGGCACACUUUGGGUUGAGUUCCCUGGGUUGGCACUGUGGGCCUUGCGUAGGUCAUCGCAGCCAGGGCUGAGCUUUCCUUUCUCCAGCCCUACUAAUGAAAAUAGCAAGUGGUAUUAUUUUGCUUUCCAAAUAGGAGACUAUAUUAUACUUUUGGAUGAGUUUUGAUACACUGCAUGUCCCUUCCCCACUUCUGACCUGUCUGCCUCCCAGGGCGCCCACCCUUUUGAAAUAAUUGUGCCCCAUUCAAGGAUAGGUUAUGGAGCAGUCCGAAUUGAACAAGAACCCAAACCUCUUAAAGACCACCGCAGAAAGGCUAUAUUCUCACCAUCCAAAGGUUUGACAAAUUUUAUUUUGGGCACAAGUGUAAUUUUCACUCAGGCAAGUUAGGUAUUUAAGAAUAAGCUUCUUCAACCCAGCUGUGUGCAUGGUCAAAUAGGAGGUCCUAUUCUAGAGAAACCCCCUAGAAAAUUGCAUUAAUGAAUAAAUUCAUGUAACAGUUCUUUGUGCUUUUGUCGCCUCAAAAGAUAUCUUUUAAAAAAGAUGUCUGUGCUUUGUGAUACAUAAGGUAUCUUAGACUAGGUGCUGUGUGGGAACACACUUGAGUUUUAAUGUGAACUCCAAUACCAACUUUUUCUAAUACCUAGGGCCAGUUGUCUAAACCGUUUCUAAGUAAACUGGUAUAAAAAUUGUCAUCCAACUCACCUAGGUGUUGUGAUGGGCUUUUGUUGUUGAAAUGGAAAAUAGAUCAGAAUUUAU